UUAUAAAUACACGCUUCCAAUUUAGUAACACAUAUCAUCACAUAAAAAAACAAAUCAAAUUUUCCCAUCACACACUUCACAUUUACCUUUACUCAAAUCAGCACAAGCAAAUCAAAAUGCACAAAAGCAUAUCAGGUUCAUCAUUGGGACCAGAUGGUUUGGACCUAACUCAAUCCUUCUUCAAGUCCAUCCAACAUGCCUCACCUCCUUCUCCAACCAAACGCCACAACAAGAUCUCAGUUAUCGGCGCAGGCAACGUGGGAAUGGCUAUAGCUCAAACCAUCCUAACACAAGACCUAGUCGACGAGCUUGUUCUUGUUGACGCCAUUCCUGACAAACUACGAGGUGAGAUGCUGGAUCUACAACAUGCUGCGGCCUUCCUCCCCCGCACUAAGAUCCAGGCCUCCACUGACUAUUCAGUGACGAUGGGUUCCGACCUCUGCAUCGUCACUGCUGGGGCUCGUCAGAUUAAUGGCGAGUCCAGAUUGAAUUUGCUACAAAGGAAUGUAGCUUUGUUUAAAAAAAUUAUACCGCCUUUGGUUCGUUACUCUCCUCAUUGUGUUCUUCUAAUUGUUUCCAAUCCUGUUGAUGUGCUCACUUACAUUGCUUGGAAACUUUCUGGUUUCCCCUCCAACCGCGUCAUUGGUUCAGGCACUAAUUUGGAUUCCUCUCGCUUCCGUUUCCUUAUUGCUGAUCAUCUUGAUGUUAAUGCUCAAGAUGUGCAGGCAUACAUAGUGGGGGAACAUGGUGAUAGUUCAGUGGCAUUAUGGUCAAGCAUUAGUGUCGGAGGUGUUCCAGUGCUAAGCUUUUUGGAGAAACAACAAAUAGCUUAUGAGAAAGAAAUGCUAGAGAACAUACAUAAGGAGGUUAUAAACGGCGCAUAUGAAGUGAUCAGUUUAAAAGGGUACACUUCUUGGGCUAUAGGGUACUCCGUCGCAAACUUGGCUCGAACAAUUAUGAGGAAUCAAAGGAAGAUUCACCCUGUUUCAGUUCUUGCAAAGGGAUUUUAUGGCAUUGAUGGUGGAGAAGUGUUUAUUAGUUUGCCUGCACAGCUUGGUAGAGGAGGUGUAUUGGGUGUGACUAAUAUUCAUAUGACUGAAGAGGAGAUGAAGAGGCUUAGGGACUCUGCUAUCACUAUUCUUGAGCUGCAGAAUCAGUUGGGUAUUUGAAUUUUUUUCUAGAAGACCUAAUAUAUGUACCAUUUUGUUGUUAUUGUAUUUAAGUUUUUUUUACUCAAGUUGAUGCAUUAAAACUGAGCAAGAUAAAAGUAUGUUGAGAAAUAAAUAUGGCCUAUUUGACUAAUACGUGAAGGAUUCAUUUUUGUUAAGUGUUGUUGUAGACUUGUAUUCCAAGAAAAAUUUAGAGAAAAGUAGAUGUUGUUAGAAGGUGGAAGAUGCAACAUUUAUCAACUAGUUGACUGUCAUUAAAUGUACUAAUGUGUAUUCCCUUUGUAAAUUUAUUUCAUUUCUCCUUGAA